GAUGCUAUCUCAGUUUACGAUGGCCUUAUAAUGCUUGAUAUGAAGCGACUGGAACAUUCACGUCUCAUACGGUUCAACGUGUCGGCUGAGCAGAAUUCUGCCGAUCUUGCAGUAGUGGUGCUGUUACUAAGUUCGGAUCCGGAUGAAGUGAUGCGUCAACGAAGAAAGCAGUCCCAACCCAAAUUCAUCCAUCCAUGGAGAAGAGAUAUGAAUAUCAUACCGGCAAAUUUUUUUUACAUUUUCCCAUUACGAUAUGAAAACUAG